GUUGGUUAGUUCAAUAGUCAAACUUUUUCAGUGCGGUAAAUUUUACAGUCGGACUUUUUCAAGUUUUUGGUUUUCUUUGCAUAAAAUAAUUAAUUGUGAUUGCAUUUAACUCGGCUGACAAUGGCACAGAGUAAACUAAAUGACUUGGCUGGAAAAUUCGGCAAAGGUGGUCCACCAGGAUUAUCCGUGGGAUUAAAGCUGCUGGGGGCAGUUGGUGCCGCUGCCUACGCUAUCAAUCAGUCUUUAUACACAGUGGAUGGUGGUCAUCGUGCUAUCAUUUUCAGCCGUCUUGGGGGUAUACAGAAUGAGAUCUACUCUGAAGGCUUACAUUUCCGCAUUCCCUGGUUCCAAUAUCCAAUUGUAUAUGACAUCCGCUCUCGUCCUCGUAAGAUUUCAUCACCGACUGGUUCUAAGGAUUUACAGAUGAUCAACAUUUCUCUGCGUGUGCUUUCUCGUCCUGAUUCCUUGCGUCUUCCCAUCUUGCAUCGUCAGCUUGGUGUCGAUUACGAUGAGAAAGUCUUGCCCUCAAUUUGCAACGAAGUGCUAAAAAGUGUGGUGGCCAAAUUCAAUGCUUCACAAUUGAUUACACAACGUCAGCAGGUUUCGCUGCUUAUCCGCCGAGAAUUAGUGGAGCGUGCACGUGACUUCAAUAUCAUUCUUGAUGAUGUUUCACUCACUGAACUGAGUUUCGGCAAGGAAUAUACCGCUGCAGUUGAAGCCAAGCAGGUUGCACAGCAGGAAGCACAACGCGCAGUCUUCUUUGUUGAGCGCGCCAAGCAAGAGAAGCAACAGAAAAUUGUGCAAGCCGAGGGUGAGGCUGAAGCAGCCAAAAUGUUGGGCCUUGCUGUAAAACAAAAUCCCGCCUACUUGAAAUUGCGUAAAAUUCGCGCUGCUCAAAGUAUAGCAAGAACUAUCGCUAGCUCACAGAACAAGGUCUACCUCUCUGCCGAUAGCUUGAUGUUAAACAUUCAAGAUUCUAGCUUCGAUGAUAUGACUGAAAAAGUUUACAAAAUCAAAUCUGGUUGGUUUGAUGGAUCAAAUAGGCAAAAGAAAAGUGAUAAAUCGGGCAGCACUGUUGGCACAGUUGCGCAGCGCACAGCAGACCGUUUGCUAUGAAGCAAAAGCAAAUUUUCACUGACGUAAAUUAAUACAUCGACUACUAGUACCUACAAGA